GAAGCGAGGCUGCUGCGCGCGCGGGCAGCGUGCGCCUGUGUGCGCGUGUGCGCGCGCGCCAAGUUUGGUUUGUGUUUGUGAUGGGCACCGACGCUGCGUCAGCCCGGGAGGCCACGUUAGGGUUGGGGGUGCGUGAGGAGGUGCGGCCGGCCGAGAGGUCCCGCGAGCGAGCCGAGCGCGCCGCUGCUCCGCGCCCCUGCGCCGCGCGCUAGCUGGCUGUGUGGCUCGCUGGCUCGCUGGGGACAGGCAGGAAUCGGAGCAGCACUGCCGCCUCUGGCGCGAAGGCUCAGGCGCCUCCUCCCGCCCCACUCACUGUGGCUCGGCGCACGCUGCCGGCGGCUGCCCUUUCCGCCUCUGGGGAAGAAAAACCCGCGGGCCGUUUUCGCGCUUGAACCAUGGCCUCGGGCCGGAGGGGCUGGGACAGCUCCCACGAAGACGAUCUGCCCGUGUACCUGGCCAGGCCGGGCACCACGGACCAGGUCCCCCGGCAGAAAUACGGCGGCAUGUUCUGCAACGUGGAGGGCGCCUUCGAGAGCAAGACGCUGGAUUUCGAUGCCCUGAGCGUGGGGCAGCGGGGCGCCAAGACUCCGCGGAGCGGCCAGGGCAGCGACCGAGGCUCGGGGAGCCGGCCUGGGAUCGAGGGGGACACUCCGCGGAGGAGCCAAGGCCGGGAAGAGAGCAGGGAGCCCGCGCCCGCGUCCCCCGCGCCCGCCGGGGUGGAGAUCCGGAGCGCCACCGGCAAAGAGGUGUUGCAGAACCUCGGCCCCAAGGACAAGAGUGACCGUCUCCUUAUCAAGGGAGGCCGAAUUGUCAACGAUGAUCAGUCCUUUUAUGCUGAUAUUUACAUGGAAGAUGGCUUAAUAAAACAAAUUGGAGACAAUCUGAUUGUUCCUGGAGGAGUGAAAACCAUCGAAGCCAAUGGGAAGAUGGUGAUCCCUGGAGGCAUCGAUGUCCAUACUCACUUCCAGAUGCCAUAUAAGGGAAUGACCACAGUAGAUGACUUCUUCCAAGGGACAAAGGCGGCCUUAGCAGGUGGCACCACCAUGAUCAUUGACCAUGUGGUGCCUGAGCCUGAGUCCAGCCUGACUGAGGCCUAUGAGAAGUGGAGAGAGUGGGCUGACGGGAAGAGCUGUUGUGACUAUGCCCUGCAUGUGGACAUCACCCACUGGAAUGACAGCGUCAAGCAGGAAGUGCACAACCUCAUCAAAGACAAAGGGGUUAACUCCUUCAUGGUUUAUAUGGCUUAUAAGGAUUUGUAUCAAGUAUCUAACACAGAGCUCUAUGAGAUCUUCACCUGCCUGGGAGAGCUGGGGGCCAUUGCUCAAGUUCAUGCUGAAAAUGGAGAUAUCAUUGCCCAGGAGCAAACCCGCAUGUUGGAAAUGGGGAUAACUGGUCCAGAAGGCCAUGUACUGAGCAGGCCAGAGGAGCUGGAAGCUGAGGCUGUGUUCCGUGCCAUCACCAUUGCCAGCCAAACCAAUUGCCCUCUCUACGUCACAAAGGUCAUGAGCAAGAGUGCAGCUGACCUCAUCUCACAAGCCAGGAAAAAAGGAAAUGUGGUCUUUGGUGAGCCCAUCACCGCCAGCCUCGGCAUAGACGGAACCCAUUAUUGGAGCAAGAACUGGGCCAAGGCGGCUGCAUUUGUGACAUCCCCACCCCUGAGCCCUGACCCAACUACUCCUGACUACAUCAACUCCUUGCUGGCCAGUGGGGAUCUGCAACUAUCUGGGAGUGCCCACUGCACCUUCAGCACUGCCCAGAAAGCAAUUGGGAAGGACAACUUCACAGCCAUUCCCGAGGGCACCAAUGGUGUGGAGGAGCGGAUGUCUGUCAUCUGGGACAAGGCUGUGGCCACAGGGAAAAUGGAUGAAAACCAGUUUGUGGCUGUGACAAGCACCAACGCUGCCAAGAUCUUCAACCUGUAUCCCCGCAAGGGAAGAAUAUCUGUGGGUUCUGACAGCGACCUGGUCAUCUGGGACCCAGAUGCUGUGAAGAUCGUCUCUGCCAAGAACCACCAGUCUGCUGCAGAGUACAACAUCUUUGAAGGGAUGGAGCUGCGUGGGGCUCCUCUGGUGGUCAUCUGCCAGGGCAAGAUCAUGCUGGAAGAUGGCAACCUGCAUGUGACACAGGGGGCCGGCCGCUUCAUCCCCUGCAGCCCGUUCUCUGACUAUGUCUACAAGCGCAUCAAAGCCCGGAGGAAGAUGGCAGACCUGCAUGCGGUCCCGAGGGGCAUGUAUGAUGGGCCUGUGUUUGACCUGACCACCACCCCCAAGGGGGGCACUCCUGCGGGCUCUGCUCGAGGCUCUCCUACUCGGCCGAACCCACCUGUGAGGAAUCUUCAUCAGUCGGGAUUUAGCCUGUCAGGCACCCAAGUGGAUGAGGGGGUUCGCUCAGCCAGCAAGCGCAUCGUGGCGCCCCCAGGCGGCCGUUCUAAUAUUACAUCUCUGAGUUAAGCAAGCCUUUCCUUGAAGAGGGGGGCAGAAGAAAGAAGAGAUUUUCUGAAGCCAAAAUGGUACACCGAUAUUUAAGAAGGAAAGCGAAUCCAAACGGUUGCGAUCUAAAGAAUCAAUAAGCCUCAAGCCUUAUGUUUCUCCAAUGUUACGCUCGCUUGCCUAGCUUUACAAAGAUUGCUUUGUUUUCUGUUUAUGCAUAGCCUUGAUUUGUUUGGCCCCCCCUUCCCCCCAUUUACAUGCAUGCAAUCAGACAGGCCGCUAAGGUAAAAGAGUCUGCUCUAUCAUAGUGUUGAGAGCGUGUGUAGUGUGCUGCAUCUUAUGACAAGGGGACGGACAAGCUGGGACGUCAGGGAAAUGAACAAAAGGGACGCAGGUUAUUUGGGGUGAGUGGGUGGUGGGAGCCCGGAGUAAGCUGGAGGGUGCAGAGAGGCUGGGGUAGGGCAUGUAGGAGGGAGGUGGGUGGGCAGGUGAGCGGAAGGGGUGUUGUAUAUUGUGUCGAUGACGUAUGUUAUUUCCAUGGAAGAUAGCCUCUUGUGGCCGCUAUCACAUCACCAUAGCCCCCUGGGGUUUGCGGAGAAGGCAGGCAGUCUCUGGGUUCUGUUCUUUGUCACAUCCCCUACAAGUAAAUUUUGUUUCUUUGAACAUUUAUUAAAACGCCAAAACCCAAUUUCUUCCACCUGCUUGAUUGUGCCAGUGUUUGCUCGGGCCUCUAUCUCAGUGUUGCUUUCAAAUCCUUCUCUUUCCUGGGUUGGGAAGGCCAGGCAGGGACAGAACAAAUGACACUUCUCUUCCCCUUGCCCUCCCUGCCUCUUUGGUGCUCUUAAAAGCCAGCAGCUGAGAACACAGCACAGGCCCCGAGGGUGAGGGUGCCCACAUCUUAAAGACGCCUGCUAAACAUGGCGAGCUCACCUCUCACUCUUCUGUCUUUGCAAACCGAAAAGAGUGUGAUGCUUCUGGCAUCCCAAGUUAGGAUUUUAGCUCAGAGGAGGCAGAACGAAGGACCUCUCUUAACAGGCAGUUUGUGUUUGAUUCUCUUGAUCUCGUGAGAUCCUGUCACAUCCAUGAUAAACAGGAUUUUUUUUUUGAAAGUUUUUAUUAGGUUUUCCCUCACUUUUACUAGUAAUAGGUAAUUUCAGUUAUGUGGGAGUCAAGCAGGGAUUUGGGAAAGCCAAAGCCAGUCUUGAGAAGAGGGAGCACAUUUCGUGGCCCUGAUUCGAUCUUUCCAUUCUAAACCAUCUGUUUCCCCUUCCAUUAGCAGAAACUCUGGGGGAACUUUGUGUCUCAGUCUUAAAAUCUCCACAAGUGAGUGGAAGUGACAUGAGGCAGCCUUCGCCUUGGGGCACCUAAAAGAAAUUAGUGUGGAGUGCUUGCAUCUCCCUUGUCUGUCGGAGUUGAAUAUCCUUUUCCCAAUCAUGCUGCUUCUGAAAAUUCAGUUUUGGAGCAAGUCCUGUGGGCAAGUUAAGAAUCUAUAAAACCAAGAUACUUAUUUUCAGGAGAAACAUAUUCAACCUGGGAUCAGACUUUCAUGCUCUGGGGAAUCCAGGUGGUAGCACCUGUAACCCUGUGUGCUAAGUACUUUGAAGAGAAGAGCAGGCCUCAGACACCUUUUAAGUGCUUAGGAGACACCAAUAUCUCUGACUGCAGGUUUGAACAAGUUGAAGACCAGAGAAAAGUAUGCACUGGGCUGCAAAGGAAUUUGGAGAUAGCUAAGGAAGAGGAUUGCCCCUAACAAGCUACCUUCUCUGUUCAAAUCAUGAAAAAAGACUAUUUCCCCUUAGAAUAGGGAAUCUUGCUAUUUUAAAGCUCUCAUGGUGCUUUCCUUUUAAGGGAAAUAUAGUAAAAGGGAACAUGUAGCUCUUAAUUUACAAUUCAAAUAUUUGAGGGUCUAUCAGCAAACUCAGAAUAACAGUUUCGUGUGCAGAGAGAGUUUGCCAGAUCGGAAGCAUGUACCUCACUGGCUGGGCUGUACUUUGGGAUAGGUUGCAGUUACCAGCCACAACCACCAGAGAGAGGAAAAGACACACAGAGAAACCCGCUUCUGAGCUUCCACUUCCGCACCAUCUGCUCUGCUGUUACUCAGCCCCUGAGUCCGACUCACCCCUGCACAACCUCUCUGGGCCACGAAGAUAAGUCUUUCAUGGCCAAAUUGGUCAGCCGCCCUGCCCUUGGGACUUCCAAAGUGAACUAUUCCACCAGAACCUUUGAUUCUGCACAAGCUUUCCUUGCUGUGGAAACAACCCCGGAAUGCCCUCAAGAGGGAAAACAGGAGGUAGGGAAGCCUCUCUUUCUUCACGUACCAUUACUAACUCUCCAAGCAUAGGCAUCCCCGGGAAUUGUGAGUAUAACUCCCACUAUUUUCAUGAGUACCGAGAUAUGCUAUUUGAGUUAAAAUUUAUAUUCAGAUUUGUUCCGUUUCAUAAGACACAUCAAAUAGCCCUAUACAAAAGGUUCAGGAAAAGAAAAUGACGGUGAGUCCUGGCCCUCUCUGAAUUCACUGGCACAUCAUGCAAGUGUAGGAAGGCACGCUGGAUCUUCUAUCUCAUUCCCAAACCAUCCUUUGCCAUCUCAUCCCUUGGCCUGCCCGCCCCCAGCCCCAAGGAUGCCCCCGCCGUCCCUCCAACCUUUUCACAUUGCCUCUGAACCAAGAUGGCAAUCCGUCCUGGUUCCCUCUGAGGGCCACGGGCUUGGGUAGUAAGGAGGGUGUUUGUGAAAUUGUUAAAUCAGUUACCCCUAGUAGAGAUAUUUCUUUUACUUCUAAGUUUUCUAGAGAUAGGAUUAUAGUCAUCCUGAAAAUGGGUUUCCUUCAAAGUCCCUCAGCCUUGUUCUUCAUGACUAUACCCAGAGUGUCACGCUUCCACAAAGGGCUGUCGCCUGAUCCUGGAUUUUCAGUCAUCGCUGAGAAGCCCUUUCCAACAGGGUGGGCAGUUUUCAUCUUCAUUGCCACAAGCUUCUCAGGCUUUUUCCUCUGGAAAACUCCAGCUUGAGUCCCAGAUACACUCAUGGGCUGCCCUGGGCAGCCAGCAUUAUUGUAAGUUCCCUCUUUGAAAACUGGUGUGUGGGUGUUCAGUUCUGUGUCUGGUGGAUAUGGACAGACAGUAAAUCUCCCGUGAUCUGUGCUAGCUGUGAGGCAGCUCUGGAACGUGAAGAGCUGUUUGGUUUGAACCGUGAAGAAAACUGUGUUUUGAGUUUAGCUGAGAUUAAAGAAAAAAAAAAUCAUCAAGUGACUGUUAAUGUAAACCUGGUUAUUAAAAUAACUAUGAAAUUACCAA